GUAGGAAGCCAACGAGAGUUUGACAGUUUAUUUAAAUGUACAACAUUGUAACGUUAGCAUUGCUAUUUGUAAAAAAUAAUACAGUAACUUUCGAUUAAAUAUUCUCAGGUGUUGGUAUUUCCCAUCCUACAUCCAACGAUACGCGAGGUUACGACCUACAGCAUUGGCAGUCAUCAUAAGUUAAAACUAAACUAGAUUUAUAUCUUAAUUUAUCAGUUAGCUAGCUAGCUCAGGGAUUGAUUUACAAUGGAAGAGGUAGUAAUCUGAACAUGUGCUAGCCACAUCACUUUUCUGCUCUGCAAACUGCUCGUUUGUUGCUAUACCAAAUGGUGCGGCUAGCUUGCAAGUCGAGUUGCUCAACGCAUGCUAGUAACAGCAGUACUAGCUAGCUACGUUUGUGUUGCUUGAUGAUGCGACUUUGUUUUCUAGACUCUGAAGACCCGUCCAGCCCGUCUCCAUCCUGCUCCACCAAAACCCAACCCACGGUGUCCCCGGGUCCUGACAGGAACCAUGGUGACCAGGAGGACAGUAACCAUGGUGAUCAGAAAGACAAACAGCAAGGUCAGGAGAGGGUUACAGUGAGUCUGGACAUCAACAGUGAAACACCAACAUUUAAUAUCGUAGUCAAAGAAGAAGAAGACUGGGAACUAGAUAAUACAGGAGAGAGUCCUAGCCAUCACUCUGCAGCCGGGGAGAGUCCCUCUACAUCAGGAGAACCUGAACAACACCAGAUGAAACGCAGAACGAGGCAGAAAAAGACCCACCCAUGCCCAGAUUGUGGGAAACACUGCCAGACAUUAUCGGCACUACAAAUACACAUGAGAACCCACACAGGAGAGAAGCCUUACACCUGCUCUGAGUGUGGGAAGGGCUUCACUCAUCAGUGUAGUUUGAGAUGCCACCACCUGAAGAAACACUCUGAACAGAUUAAAACUGACCCGGAUGACACGAUUGGCUGCUGCUGUGGACAAGAGUUCUCUUCCAAGAAUGUUCUGGAGGUUCACUUGAAGACAAACACUGGAGACAAGCCUUACACCUGCUGUGUGUGUAAGAAGACCUUUACUCAUAAAGCAUUACUGAAAGUACACCAGCGAUCCCACACAGGAGAGAAGCCUUUCUCUUGCUCUCUGUGUGAGAAGAGUUUUACUCAAAAAGGAAAUUUGACAACACACGAGAAGUCGCACGCCGGAGAGAAACACCCUUGCUCAGUCUGUGGAAAGAGUUUCACUCAGAAAGGCUAUCUGAAGAUUCAUCAGCGGCUUCACUGUUCCGAAGGGGAGUUGAGUUCCUCUGUAUCAAGAGCACUUGAACACCGACAGAGGAGAGCGAAGGCGACUCACAGAUGCCCAGACUGUGGGAAGGAGUUCCCUCAAACAUAUUACCUGGACAGACACAUGAGAACACACACAGGAGAGAGGCCUUACCAGUGCUCUGUGUGUGGGAUGAGUUUCACGCAGAAAGGAAAUUUAAAAACGCAUCAGAAAGUGCACACUGGAGAUUAUCCCAGCUCCUGGUCCACUGGUGAGGGGAGUCCCUGUACAUCGGGAGAAGCGGAACAACACCAGGAGAACCACGCGGACGUCACAUCUCACGGCUGCCUCGUGUGCGGCGAGGAACACUCUAACCUCCCAGAACUACACAAACACAUGAGAUCUCACACGGGAGAAAAGCGCCUCGCCUGCCCUGUGUGUGGCAAGACUUACCCCAGAGAAUUUGACCUCAAAGUCCACCUCAGAACACACACAGGAGAGAAACCCCACGAGUGCAUCGAAUGCGGCAAGAGCUUCGUUCGUAAACAAGGGCUCCGGCAGCACCAGAGGACACAUGACGCCAAGCCCAUCGGACCGACCCGCCAGUUAGGCAGGCCAAAGCAGUUAACCAGGGCUCAAAUGUCCAAGAAAGUGCCAAAGAUGGAGAGUGACGCAGGACUGCCAGUACUAUGACAAUUAGCUGCAACUUUGUCUCUUAGUAGGUAGAGUUCUUCUUCUCGCUGAAGCUGUGUCUGUGUUGUCGCCAUCUCUGAUCAGUUAGAUAAUCAUGCUAACUCUCACUCAUCUCAUCAAUCAACAUAUUAUGAUCAACAAAAUGGGGGGGAGGGUUCGAUUUUUCAUCAAUGCUGUGAUGGUGCUAAGAAAUCAACCGUGACUUGUAGCCCACUUGUGAAAUGUUCCUCACUGAGAAUAACCAUGUCAUGAUUAAUAAAGUAGCAUUCUGGUUA